AUGCAGGUGAAGGCGGGGCUCUUAUCCCGCGGCGUUUGUGUUUGGAGUUUAGGGAAUCCCCCUUGUAUAGAGGUCCUAGACUCACUGAAAAGGAGUUAUAACCAAAAGAGUGGAGACUGUCCAGACGGCUCUAUCGAGAAUCAGCGCCCAACCGCGCAGUCCGGCUGGCCGAGAAACUAUUGUUUCACGCUCGGCCAAAUCUCGUCCGUCCGUCUGAAGUCUCGGCCAAAGUCCAAACCGUUCGGCCGACCGCAAUCACGACCCGGGAAACUUAAGCCCGCGGUCGGCCACGCCACAACCUCACGCCACAGCCGCGCACGACCAUGCGCGCGAGCCGGGAAGCAACGCCUCGCGGCCGCGCAACUGUCUCGCGUACCACGCCGACGCUCCGUCCGACCCGGGAACUACGUCCCGCGUCCGGCCGAGAGAUUUCAUCGGCCAAGUCUUCAUCCGUCCGACCAGCGGCCGACCACGCAUCCGUCCGGCCCCGACCGUCGAUCCGACACGGCCACGACCCGAUUCCGGCCGAUCGUCCCGACCGACCGUCCCAACGCCGCGGUCGACCCGAAGCCCGUUUUGAAGCCCGAUUUCAUAUUUUCAAGGCCCGGCUUAACCCUAAGCCGCCUCAAAAGACCUAGCACUAUAUAUAUAGCUUUUUAG